AUGUCGUUCAUCAAAUUGUCGCCGGCUCGAAAUGUAUCUAUUGCCCUCAUCACUGCUCCUCUAAUUAUCCCCACCAUCUAUAUGGCAUUCCUCACUUAUAACAUCUCCCGCAGCACCAAGUCCUCCAAAGGCAUCCAGUAUCCAAAAGGAAGUCCGCAGCCCCUCACACAGCGCCAUCCACAGAAUGUCAUUCCUGGGAAGCCAGCAAGCCUUCCUGACGAUGUGAGAUCCGAAGACUCAGACUGGGUCUUGGCAUACGAGCGAGUUGCAUCUGUCCCUGUACCACUACGAAGUCUUGCCCUCUCUCCGACAAGCACUAUCAGCUGCUCACCGUCGCCUUUGCUUCGGGCCUACACAUCGGGUGCUCAUGUCGCCUUCUCCUCGACACCACAAGCUAUUCUCAUCCGCUUCUUGGUCGACACGGAAACCAGGCGCACCUUUGAAGCCAGCUGGAUUCAAAACCUACAAUUUGAGCCCGGGGACGUCGUCAACGGUGCUUACAAGGUCUCAUACUGUGGUCAAGGAAAUGAGGCAGGGUCAGAACGUAUUGAACUCAUGAUUCAGGCCCCGCCAUCUUAUAAAGGGCCCGUCCCCAAUGGCUUAAUCCUCUCCGAGGUUGUACUUAUAGAAGGGGCUCCUGCGGGGUCUCUCCCUGGUGAUAGUGCUGGAGACGACCAUGUUGUCUUUAUCAACGAGACUUGGAUGUGGAGAAAGGAAUCUGAGAAGCCGACUUUGAUAGAGUCAAAAGUGAGCGGUUGGAUGCACAGUCUGAUGGCAGGAUGGCUCAUCAAGAAAGGAAUCAGUACAGUCAGUCUAUGA